AUGGCCCAGCCCCUGUGCUCAACGCUCGCCGAGUCCUGGAUGCCGACUCCCGCUAGUCGGCAGCCGCCGAUGCCCUCCGACGGGGACAGCGCCUGCUCCCCAACCUGGUCCUCGGACUCGUGGGACGGUGCCCAGGCCGGCAGCCCCGCGCCACCUUACACCCAGCCGGCCCGGCGCGCUGGGAACCCCGGUAGGCGCGGGAGCCACGGCAGCCGCCUGGGUAGCGGACAGCGGCAGAGCGCCAGCGAGCGCGAGAAGCUCCGCAUGCGCACGCUCGCCCGCGCGCUGCAAGAGCUGCGCCGCUUCCUGCCGCCGUCCGUGGCGCCAACCGGCCAGAGCCUGACCAAGAUCGAGACGCUGCGCCUGGCCAUCCGCUACAUCGGCCACCUGUCGGCCGUGCUGGGCCUCAGCGAGGACGGUCUCCGGCGACAGCGGCACGCUGCGUCGCCUCGAGGCUGCCCGCCACGUCCGGACGGCAGCCCGGAGCAGGCGCAGGCGCUCGGUCCGUGUUUGAACCCUGCUGCCUUCAACGGGGUGUCGUGGGGGUACCCGCCCGCCUGCCCUCGACCCCGAGUCGUCGCGGAGCCGUGGGACCCGGCGUUCCUGUACGCCGAGACAGCAUCCCUGGAAAGGCAGGAGAUGGAGCUCAGCCCCCCGUCUCCGCUCUUCAGCAGCGACGUGCUGGCUCUGCUAGAAACCUGGACGCCUCAGGAGUGGCCACCAGCCUGAAGAGACGAAGCGUCAAUGCAGUGGAUGACUGGCGCCCUGUCUGAGCACAGAGACUUUUCUUUUUGCCUUUGCACCUUCGAAGCGAAUAUUUCCUGGGAGAGGCACCAGGAAGAAUACCAACAUGGGCAUUCCCCGGGGUGGGGGCUGACCGUACCUUUCCAACCUUCCUUGGGAGGAGGGACCGACCCGUAGGGUAAAUGCUCCAAAGCUGAAGCGGGUACAAGGCUCUGCCUGGUGUGUAUUUAUUUAUUUGUGAAUAAACCGUUUG